UUUGACCCCGUGAUUUCGUCGAGUGAGGGUGUGUGAAUAAUUUAUUUUUGUGAUUUGAAAUUAAACACCGGUGACAGUGCAAUAAGUUUUAGUUUAUAAUUAGACUGUAAGAAUCGGUGAUGAAAUCAACAAGUAUGGAUUGCUCAGACCGACUUAGUCCAGCCAGUGACAUGACAAGCGAGUCAGAAACGUCACUUCCGCCAUUCCCAUAUGAGAACCAAAAUACCAACUUCUAUCAACCGGAUAUACAGGAAAAACAAUAUUUCUCCUGCAAAGAGAAGUCACCCACCGAGAGAAGCAAAGACGUGUACCUACAAGAGAGUAACAAGAAUUUUGAUUAUCUAACCCCGCCGCGAAGCAAAAAAUAUUUGAAUUUCGAACUGAAAUUGCCGCCAAUAAAUGACAACUUCUUUCAAAUUGAAACCGAGGAACGAAUGCGUUCAUAUUUCAACGAAACGCAGAAAUGCGUUCAAAACGAAAAUAAUUUGACUGGAAUAGAAAUUGAGAUAAAUAAUCAACAUUUUGAAAACGUACCAAGUGAUGGGAGAUUGUCUUAUUUCGAGAGUGGUGCAAUGAGGCGAGUAAAUUUCAAUCCCGAGCAAGUGCAAUGUAUGUGUGAGGCGCUACAGCAAAAAGGCGAUAUAGAAAAAUUAGCGGCAUUUUUAUGGAGUUUGCCCGAAAGUCAACUUGUCUGCGGAAAUGAGACUGUUUUGCGGGCUCGCGCUUUGGUAGCAUACCAUAGAGGCGUAUAUCAAGAGUUGUACGCCAUCUUGGAAACACACACAUUCCCGCCAAAACAUCAUUCAAUGCUACAGACUCUGUGGUACAAGGCCCAUUAUAAAGAGGCAGAAAAGGUUCGCGGGCGGGCUUUAGGUGCCGUAGACAAAUAUAGAUUAAGAAAAAAGUAUCCGCUACCAAAGACAAUAUGGGAUGGAGAGGAGACCGUCUAUUGUUUCAAAGAGAAAAGUAGAAACGCUUUGAAAGAUUGUUAUUAUAGAAAUAGAUAUCCCACACCCGACGAGAAACGCGCUCUAGCACAAAAGACGGGUCUGACAUUGACACAAGUGUCGAAUUGGUUCAAAAACCGCCGGCAAAGAGAUAGAACUCCACAGCAACCGAAUAGACCAGAAAUUUUGGUGCCAGCACAGCAAGGUGGUUGGGCGCAGUCAUUCCUACCUAACGCCUAUUACCAUAAAAUACAGGAUACAACACAUUAUUUACACGGGAAUACGCCAUAGAUUAUGUUUAAAUUUUAAUAGUUCUAAAACCUAAGUUGGGUUACUCUGUAAAACCGAUUUCAAUUACCUGGAACGGUCUAGAGUGGUAAAAUUAUUAUAAUGAAAUCGUAUGGUUUUACAAUAUGCGAAGCGGUGAUUUUGCUGAAUUGUAGGGUGGUGUAUUGGUGAUUGGUUACGUACGAAAACUCAAUAUUGUAAUAUGGUUACAACUUCAUUUACACUUCCAAUCCAACCAGGUAGUUUCGAGAAACAUUGAAAUAAAAGAAAAUCAUAGCUUCAAUCCUUUCUAUUGAUAAAUUGAUAAUAUAUUUGACUGUAUAGACAAGAAUCAUAGGGUUUAGCGAUAGACACGACGACCCGACUCCUUUGUAUGCCAUCUUGAUUUAGUUCUCUCAAUAUCCGUAGCGCUGAUGUCGUUAGUUCGGACACGUGCGAAAAAAAUUCAACAUUGAAGUCGGGAUCGCAAUUACUUCAAUACAUGUAUAAAAAGAAUAUAUGUAUAUAUAUCCUGUCUAUUGAAGAGAUUAUUUCAGUCUCAGGUAUCGGUAUACGCCCCGUGCAUUAAUAUCAGUAUUAAUUAAAAUAUGUAAAUAAAAUGUUAUGUAAGAUGAUAUAAAUUUUUAAUAAUAAUUCGAUGUUAGUGUGGUCCACCACAGAUCAUUUAUAACAGGAUAAAUGUUCUUUUUGGACAGACCAAAGGCAUAGACUAUUAUUAAAAUACUUAGAAACAAUGUAUGGUAAGAAAUUUGUUUUGUUCCUAUUAACGUUAUUAAAAUGCCUAUUAUUAUAAUUUAGAUAAUAAGAAAUGGUUAACCUAAUUUAUUAGUUAUAACAACUAUGUUUAUUUGGUAGAUUACUUAAAUAUUCUCUCGCUGUAAAUUGCAUUAUCAGUAUUAUGAACAAUAUUUUAUAUAUACUCUAGGUAUAUUGAAUAGGUGCUAUUAAUUUUCAUUGUAUUCUAGUCUACGAAUUAAAAAAAUUAACAUAA